AGGUAAUCUCAUGGUUCUCCAGCUGAGUUGUUGGUUCGGGUUAGGUUCAGUUCUGCCCCCCUGUGGGUAAAGUAACCACCGCAUGGGAGUUAGAAUCCUGCCACCAAGGUUAGUCAUUAACCUUAUCUUCUCACUCACCCCGGGCACCGAAGAAAGCGGACAGCAUUCUGUCCAAGGCAUGCUGCCGCCCGGCCGUCACAUCUUACCAUGGGCGACCGUAACCACAGCACACACGAGCGGGCUUUGUCCAUAGAGGACGGCGUUAGUGUAGUGUUUCACAAAGUAGACAGCCAUGACACAGUAGUGUUUCACAAAGUAGACAGCCAUGACACAAACAGCGGCGACGAGAGUGGCGAUGAUGAACGGACGGCAGCGAGGAUUCACUUGCAAAAUAACUGCCGUGUGUCGUGUGAAUACGGUGAUGAUGCUGAGGGAGCGAGAGGAAGCGACGGCUCUCUGGAAGUCAGCGAGAAGAAUCCACUAUGCCCGCCGGCGUUUUGCGUCAGAAGCAGGCUCGCAUCCCGAGACGGAAGCGCACGUGAAGACUCAGAGAAACCAAACAGAUGUCCAGGUCUUGGUUUGUUCUAUGCUUUCCUGUCCACUGUUUUCUUCUCCAUCAUUGCACUCUUGGUGAAAACCAUCGAGGGGGUCCACGCCAUUGAGAUCAGCGCCAUACGCUGCUUCUUUCAGAUGCUUUUUACUAUGCCCUUACUCAUCUACCACAAGACAGGUUUCCUCGGUCCCAGAGACAAACGCAUAUAUCUGGUGCUUCGGGGUUUCAUUGGCUCCAAUGCAAUGAUCCUGCUCUUCUAUGCUGUUCAGCAGAUGCCGCUAGCCGACGCCACAGUCAUCAUGUUCAGUAAUCCUGUGUUUACCUCCCUGCUGGCCUGGAUCUUCCUGAAGGAGAGAUGUACAAUCUGGGAUUGUAUCUUCACUAUUUUUACCAUCACUGGAGUCCUCCUCAUCGCCCGACCGCCAUUUCUCUUUGGCGAGCAUCGGCGCGGCAUUGAGGGCAACUAUGCUAACCACAUUAAGGGGACUAUUGCUGCCUUUGCAGGAGCUAUCGGGGCUGCUUUUACAUUUGUUGUCCUUCGCAAGAUGGGGAAGAGCGUCCAUUACUACCUCUCUGUCUGGUACUACGCUGUCAUUGGGUUCAUCGAGUGCAUCAUCACAGUAUCCGUCCUGGGGGAGUGGAAAAUCCCGUACUGUGGCCGUGAUCGGUGGCUGCUGAUGCUGAUUGCUGUCCUGGGUAUUGCCGGCCAGAGCUUCCUCACAAAGGCCCUCCAGAUUGAGAAGGCUGGACCUGUGGCUCUAAUGAGGACUAUCGAUGUGGUGCUGGCGUUCACCUUUCAAUUCAUUUUCCUCAACCGUGCACCGACCAUGUGGAGCCUCGGAGGGGCGCUGUGCGUCGUGGCGAGCACUAGUGGAGUAGCACUCCAGAAGUGGUACAGCAGCUCUCGCAAGAGCUGAGGAGAAGCAACAUAGAAUACUUUGGUAUUACUAUCUUUUUUUUCUCUAUCAUAUGUUCUUGAUUCUGUAGUUUACUUGUUACUUUUGCGUAAACCAGCGAGAAGGUUUAACCUUAUUGAAGAGUUGUGUACAAAAUCAAUGGGACUGAAAGUUUAAUUUCAUCAUAAUAAAGCAGUUGUAUGAAGGAUAGCCUCAGUCCCAUUUUACAUUUGCUUUAACCUGAGUACAAUAGCCAAAGAGAGAGGUUUAUUGCACUGGGACCAUCCAUACUGUGUUGGCAAUAAUAUUAUAUGGAAAAAUAGUAUACUCCAUAUUUCAUAUUUAUUGUGGUAUGCACUAGGCACUAUUGAGUGAGUAUCUGCAAAAAUAUAUUUUUGGUGCUGACAAUGAAGCUAGGAUCACUCUGGUCAUAAAAAAUGAAACGUAAUGCAAACCAAAUAAGCACUUAGGUACAUGUUUGUUUGAAAAGAAAAACAUCACAGAUAUUUGAGUCAACAAAAAAA